GAUGAGCUGCCGAAACGUUUCAACAAGUCAUAUCAUUUAAUCUGGAAUCAUUUACCCUGAUUUUUAUCUUCAGUCCUGGAACUUAUUCGGCUUUUUUUUCUUUUUUUUUUUUACAGACAAUUAUAAGGGAAAAACAGAACAUUCGCACCUGUGCGAGAGGCUCAUCUUUAGUGGAACACUUGUUUGCGGUAUGGGAUGCACCUCGUCGGAUCUGAUAUGAACUUUAUGUAAAUGUACUUUUAUUAUAAGUAUCUCUACUGAACAGUGGAAUGAGCCGCGCUCGUGCGAUCUGUGAGUUAUUAUAAUCUAUACGGAGUUUGAGCUGCUUUACGAUUGACUUGUUCAUUUGAGUUGUACUGCAGAGUACCGACUCCCAAGGAAAUGACUCCCAAGGAAAACGCGGUACUCAUAUUCGUUCUUUUUCACUGUUUGAUACCAGUAAAUGGGAUGGUGUUAUCCCCACAGCUGCAUCCUCCCAAAGACACAUACCUGCAGCACGCUGGAGACUCCCUCAUACUCAUCUGCAGAGGGUCAAUCCAGCUGCAGUGGAAGCUUGCCAGUAGGAAUCUGAACUCUGAAGGGGUCCAAGUAGAAGCGUGUGAGCAAACUGCACACUGCAGCAAGCUGGUGAUACACAACCUGAAGUACACAGACACAGGAUACUACACUUGCAGUCACAACAAUUCCAGAGAACAUGAGAGUUCCACAUAUGUCUUUGUCAAAGAUCAUCGUCACCCAUUCUUGGACACCUCCAAGGUAAACAUCCUUUAUGCGCAUGAAAAAAUUCUGGAAAUCCCUUGCAGAACAACAUCUCCUACCCAACAUGUUACUUUGGAAACAAUUCCCUCCAUGAAGGACUCUGUCAAAGCACACGUGUCAUGGGAUCCAAAAGUGGGGUUUAGGGUUCCACUGGGUCCAUUUAAGAACUACAACAUCAUCAAUUGUGUCACCAGUGUGAAUAACAAACAAGUCACGGCAAGCUUCAUCUUAAUGCUUCGUAGCAAUGUUCUGGACAAUGUACGGAUUGUUCCUGAGCAUCCGAGGGUCCACGUUGGAGAUACCCUGGAACUCACCUGUUCAGGAAACACCACAUUCAAUAGCAGGAUUCAAUUUGAUUGGCAAUUCCAAAACAGAUCUAUCAGUAGGAUUCACAAGACUGUAUUGAGAAGGAGCAACUCUAACCAGGUCAUUGUAAUGAGCAGUAAAUUAAUUAUACCCAAUGUGACUGUGGAGGACAGUGGCAUUUACAUAUGCACAGCAACACUAAGUGGCAUUGAGAAGCAUGCUUUGGUCACAGUCAUUGUAUAUGAGCAUCCUUUCCUCGGUGUGACCCAUAGAACGCAUACAUUUGUCGCUAAAGAAAGUAAAAGGUCAGACUUUAAACCACAGGCUGAUGAUAUGCGUGCUCAAGAGUUGUGGCACAAGGAUGGCUUCCCCAUCAAUGCCUCCUCAUGUUAUGAGCUAAUGGGCUAUAACCUCAUCGUCAAGGAGGUAAAAGAAAAGGAUGCAGGGGUCUUUACCAUUGCUUUAUUCAACCAGAAGAAUGGGCUUUACAGGAAUAUAAGCUGCACACUUUUUGUUGAAGAAAUGGUGUUAGCCCCACAGCUGCAUCCUCCCAAAGACACACACCUGCAGCAUGCUGGAGGCUCCCUCAUACUCAUCUGCAGGGGGUCUACCCAAGUGCACUGGAAGCUUGCCAGUAGGAAUCUGAACUCUGAAGGGGUUCAAGUUGAACCAUGCGAGCAAACUGAACACUGCAGCAAGCUGGUGAUACACAACCUGAACUACACAGACACAGGAUACUACAAUUGCAGUCACAACUAUUCCAGAGAACAUGAGAGUUCCACAUAUGUCUUUGUCAAAGAUCAUCAUCAUCCAUUCCUGGAUACCAGCAGUGAAAAGAUCCUGUUUGCAUACAGGAAUGACAAAAUUCUGGAGAUCCCUUGCAGGACAACAUCUCCUAGUCAAAAUGUUACUUUGGAAACAAUUCCUCCCAUGAAAAACUCUGCCAAAGCACGCACAACAUGGGACCCAAAAGUUGGAUUUAGGAUUCCACUAGGUCCUUAUAAGAGCUUUGAAAGGAUCAUAUGUGCCACCAGUGUGAAUGAAGCAAAGUUCACAGCAAACUUCCUGUUCCUACGUCGUACCAGUGUUUUCAGAAAUGUUCGCAUUACUCCUGAGCAUGUAAGAGUUCUGGUCGGAAACACACUGAACAUCACCUGCUCAGCAGACACCACAUUCAAUGGCAGGAUUAAAUUUGAUUGGGAAUUCCAACACAACUCUAUCAAUCGGACUCACAAGACUCAUUUGAGGAGGAGUUACCCUAACAGCAUCAUUGAAAUGAACAGCGAACUAAUUAUACCCAAUAUGACUCUAAAAGACAGUGGCAUGUACAUUUGCACAGCAUCCAUAGAUGGCCCUAAGAAGCAUGCUAAAGUCAAGGUCAUUGUACAUGAGCAUCCAUUCCUCACUGUGACUCAUGGAACUCAUAAGGUUGUCACUGUUGAAGAAGGUAAAAGAUGGAACUUUGAACCCCAGUUUGAUGCUCUGCCUGCACCAGACAAAGUAGUGUGGUACAAGGGUGGCUUCCCCAUCAAUGCCUCCUUAUGCUAUGAGCUAAUGGGUUAUAACCUCAUCGUCAAGGAGGUAAAAGAAAAGGAUGCAGGAGUCUUUACCAUUGCUUUAUCCAACCGGAAGUAUGGACUUUACAGGAACAUCAGUUAUACACUUUUGGUCAAAAUGAAACCAAGAAUAUCUGAAGAAGAGGUGGCUCCUGUAGGCCCUCAGACUUACAGGCUAGGCCAGGAGCACCAGCUUACCUGUACUGUCUCUGGAUUUCCAAAGCCCAAUAUAACAUGGCUGUGGCAGCCCUGUGACCCGGAUCACAAGUGCACAGAGUGCAAAUUGUACAGGAAUCCAAUAACUAUCCAAGAAAGUACCAAAUAUUCAUAUCCAGACAACUUUAUUAAGGCUAUGUCCAGUGAGUCAAAGGAAAUAAAUGGCAGAAACAAGACAGUAAGCACCCUGGUCGUGAUGGCUAAUGUGUCAGGGGUGUACACAUGCAAAGCCAGCAAUAACCUUGGAGAGAGGACAAUGGCGACUCAUUUCUAUGUGAAUGAACAUCCCCAGUCUUUUGAGGUCAAACCCUUGACAGCCACUGAGGGAGACGAUGUCACUCUGAUUUGCCACGGUACACGGUUCCUCUAUGAUAGGCUGAGCUGGUAUGAUUCACAGAGUCACCAGGUUCAGGGUGACAGCUCCAUCCAGAUCAGUCCUUAUUCUGUCUCCCUAUCACUCAGACUGAAGAAUGUUUCUAGAAACAACACAAAUGGCUAUGAGUGCAGAGCAGUCAAUUUGAUCACCAAAUCUGUGGUCAAUACAACUUCCAACUUAAUCAUUGAUGAGAGGAGAGUUCCCUGGUUGAUUCAGAACUUGACCAGUCAGGAUGUAAACAGCAGCAGUACGCUGACACUAACAUGUCUGGCACAUGGUGUGCCUCCUCCAUUUAUUACAUGGUACAAGGACAAGAUUGCCAUCACAGAAGGACCAGGAAUCACUCUGAAGGACAAUGGUGUCCUGAUCAUCCAGAGGGUGAAGAAAGAGGAUGAGGGCAUGUAUGAGUGUCAGGCCAGUAAUGCUGAAGGUGCAGUAACCGCUAGUGCAGUGAUCACUGUACUGGGCGAUGAAGGCAAGCCGAAUAUCGAGGUGAUCAUCCUUGUGUGCACAGGAGCUGCUGCCACAUUCCUUUGGAUCAUGCUCAUUCUCUUCAUCCGCAAGCUGAGAAAGCCAAGUUCUGCAGAUCUAAAGACAGGGUACCUGUCCAUCAUAAUGGAUCCUGACCAGAUGCCUCUUAAUGAACAGUGGGAUCGUUUACCUUAUGACAGCAGCAAAUGGGAGUUCCCUAGGGACCGCCUUCGACUGGGUAAAACAUUGGGCCAUGGUGCUUUUGGAAAAGUUGUAGAGGCUUCUGCAUUUGGCAUUGACAAACUCUCAACAUGCAAAACAGUUGCAGUUAAAAUGCUGAAAGGAGGAGCUACAAACAGCGAAUGUAGAGCUCUUAUGUCCGAACUGAAGAUACUGAUUCAUAUUGGCCACCAUCUCAAUGUUGUCAAUCUAUUGGGAGCCUGUACUAAGCAAGGAGGCCCACUGAUGAUUAUUGUGGAGUUCUGCAAGUAUGGCAACCUUUCUAACUACUUGAGGGGGAAGAGAGGAGACUUUGUGGUUUAUAAAUCUCAGGAUGGAAAGGCGAUGUUGCCAAGUUCAGGGUGCGAACUAAGUGAACUUCUCAAGCGUCGACUAGAGAGUGUGGCUAGCACGGGAAGCUCAGCUAGCUCAGGCUUCAUUGAAGAUAAGAGCUACUGUGACUCAGAGGAAGAAGAGGAAGAAUCUGAAGAUUUGUAUAAGAGAUUGUUGACACUAGAGGACUUAAUUUGCUACAGCUUUCAAGUAGCCAAAGGCAUGGAGUUUUUGGCUUCACGAAAAUGUAUUCACCGUGAUUUGGCAGCACGGAACAUCCUUUUGUCCGAAAACAAUGUUGUGAAGAUAUGCGAUUUUGGACUAGCCAGAGAUGUGUAUAAAGACCCAGACUAUGUCCGCAAAGGAGAUGCCAGACUUCCUCUUAAGUGGAUGGCGCCAGAGGCCAUAUUUGACAAGAUCUAUACUACACAGAGUGAUGUUUGGUCCUUUGGCGUUCUAAUGUGGGAGAUCUUCUCUCUGGGUGCCUCUCCUUAUCCUGGUGUACAAAUCGAUGAGGAAUUCUGCUGCCGCUUGAAAGAAGGCACCAGAAUGCGAGCUCCUGAGUAUGCUUCCUCUGAAAUAUAUGAGACCAUGCUGGACUGCUGGCAUGGAGAACCACAGCAGAGGCCCACUUUUACAGAGCUAGUGGAGAGACUAGGAGACCUGCUUCAGGCGAGUGUGCAGCAGGAGGGUAAACAUUACAUUCCAAUCAACACAGCACUGCUGACUAAAGAAGAUCCGUUAAAUACAGACCAUUCAGAGGAAACUUCUUUGAGACCUGUCUCCCUCAGAACCUCAGGAGGCUCGUGGAACAUCAAGGUUUGCCCAGACAGCAUAAAAACCUUUGAUGAAGUAACAAUGGAGAGUGGAACAAAUGAUAUGCAUGAGGGAGGACAUUCGGACAGUGGCAUGGGUCUGUCCUCUGAUGAUCUGAAGAAGCUGAAGCAUUUGGAUUCCUUGGUUCGACCCUUAAGUAUCAUGGCCCUGGCGAGGAGUAAGGAGUCUGUAUUUUCAGAGGGAGAGAAGGAGAAAUAUCCUCCAUCCGUACCUUCACUAGACUUCACUAGUCUGGAAGAUUCCUCUUUGGAUCCAGAGCUGGAAUGUCAUAGCCCUCCACCAGACUACAAUUAUGUUGUCCGCUAUUCCACACCACCUGUCUGAGGUUCCAGCUGCUACCCAUGAGCCUUCAGGGCCUCCUACCAAUACCUGGACUAUUACACUUACUACUUAAUCUUUUCUUAAUUUUAGGAAGCUUUUUUUCUAAAGAUUUUGUUAACUAAUUCUGUUACUAUUUUGACAUGUAUAUUGGUCAGUAUAGAUCCAGCACUGUUACAUCAGUAUGAUCUCCUCCAGUGUACAGCAGUACAAUGCUGCGGUAUUGCGUGCUUUGACUCAUUGACAUUUUUUGAAACACAUUACAACAUACCACUGUGAUAUAUACAUAUAGACCACCUCAGGUAUUACUGCAAUCUACUGUGAACACAAAAAGAGCAACAUAUUAAAUCUUGUAUUAUAGCCUUGUUUCAACAAAUCUCACAUUCCCAUAAAAUCAAAAUUUAAGUUUAAAAUGAAAAAAUUCUGUAUUGAGUUACUAAUUUGAAUAGUUUAAUGAAAAGAAACUGGAAAUUAUUUUAUUUUACUUUUCACAUAGAUAUUUGGUAUAUGACUUAAUGUUACUUUAAGGAAAAUAUUUUUUAUCCAUGGAUAAAACAGGAGUGUUAUUGUCUCAUUAAAUUGUCUCGUUGAAAUUUUCAGGACAAUACUUGAUUGAAUAAUUUUCCUUUAUAAUUCUGCCCUUCCUUAUAGAUCAUAACUGCAUGUAAACUUGUUCAGAUCUAACAGUUUGUAUGAAUUCAUAUGCAUUUCUUUGUAUUUUUAUUACCUGAAUUCACAUACUGCUCUCAAUGUUAUACCCUAUUUAUACUGUUGCACUAAUUAUUAUUAUUGUUUUGGGUUUUUUUAGAAAUAAAUUACGAUUAGAUUAACACAAUUAAUACCUAGCAUUAAUAUUUAGCAUUCAAUUAAUUAUUGAAUCAUUUUGAAUCAUCACAGAAUCAUUUAUGUUGAGAGGAAAUGUGAUCUGAACUCUGUAAGACAGUGUUUACACCAAACUGUUUAUUUUAUUGAACUCAGUAUGAACGAUUUUAUGAACUAUUUAUACUUGCCAUAUGCUACAAUAAAAGUCUUAAUAAAUAAUACUUAUUGAAAAUUGACCACUUUUGUAAGAUGAUAAAAUAGACAUAGUAUAAAUAGUCCAAUCACUUUCCAAUAAGAAUUCUUUUUUAAAUAAUUAAAGACUAAUCUAUCACACAUAAAGUUUCCCUCUGCCCUGCAUUUAUCUAAUACUAGGUCAUAGUUCAAUAUCUAAUAACCUUUGGGUUGUUUACACUGUAUACAUGAUAGUUGAUGUCCACUUUUUGACCUGUUUUAUUUUAUUAGGAAUGCUACUGGUCCUGUGCUUGUGCUAUAAUCUGACUAAAGCUUGCAGGGCAGGCUAAACGAUUACCAAGUAAUAUAAUUUUUAACAGGCUGGUCUCUACAUAUAUAUAGUCAUCACAAAUUAUAGCAGAAGCAUAUGCACACAUGCAGGUAAUAUCAUUAACGAUUCUGUAACGGGACAAUGAGAAGCGUGUGGCCUUGUACCCAAGAUUGUUGUCAGGCAGGAGAAAACUAUUACUCCUAUUUGUUACGUGCUGUCCAUUUUUCUUAGUUACCAGUGUUUAUUGGUAGAUAUUCCAUUUUUAAUUCAGUACCUGAUAUCAGAUAAUAUUUUUAUUUGUGUCCAUUGGCAACGUAUAUUGUAUGCACUGAGAUAUUGUUUUCAUUCAUUAUAAUUGUAUUUUAUCCAGACAUCAAUAAAGAUUUAUAUAUUUAUACAUAA